AUGUCGACCAAUCGAGAUUCCAGGAAACAUCCUCUUUCGCCGGAGAAAACACCUCAAAGUUCGAAGAUUGCCCGUAAGAAGCCCAAUCAAUCUACACCUUCUACCUCCCCAGGAGAUCAGGGUACUGUCGAAAUGGAUUCUCCGUUGAGUGCGAAACCGGGUACACAAGAGAGUAUGAAGCGCUCCCUGUUCACUAGUGAUUUGGCCCCUGGGCCUGGUCAAUCACCUCCACAGUGGUUCGUUGAUUUCUUCAAAGGAUUUGAGGCUCGUCUAGAAAACUACAUUGAAAACAUUACUCUGGCCAAAUUCAGCGAGCUCUCUUCCACGCUAGAUCAGCAAAAUGAAAAACUAUCUGCAUGCUCUAUGCAGAUAGAAGACUUAGAAAAGCAGGUCAAGAAGUUGAAGCUGGAUAACACCCAGCUCGUUAACAAGAUAGAUGACUUAGAGAAUAGGGGUCGGAGGAACAAUUUAAUAUUCCAUGGGAUACCAGAGCAAGCUCAUGGUCCAGGCUCACGAGAAGACGUAGCUGUCACUCUACAGAAAGUGCUGCAGGAUUUUGUGGGGCUGUCUGCUUCCGAGUACAAGAUUGAAAGGUGCCACCGUACACCUACAGGACCUCCCAUCCAGCCUCGCGAUCAAGCUGGUGACCAGGAUCUGAAACCUAGGAUCAUUCAUGCGUGCUUCUCAUCAUUCGCAGAUAAAGAGCAAGUCAGAAAAGCAUGCAUUCAGAAGUUCAAAGUCAAAGAUGCCAAGUUUCAUGGAAGGAAAUUAUUUGUCGCCGAAGAUUUCUCCAAAAGGGUAAUGAUGCAGAGGAAGGAAAAGAUGGAUGAAUUAAAAAAACUAAAGGAAAAUGGUCAGUUCAUUUUCCUUUUUUUAGUAUCAUGCCAUGCCAAAGUCUUAUAUCACCUUGUUUGGCACAGCUUUACUAGCAUAGUUGGACUUUUUAUACUUGUUUGUUUAGCAUAGUUGGACUUUUUAUACUUGUUUGUUUAGCAUAGUUGAACUCUUUAUACUUGUAUGUUCAUUUUUAUUAUUUUUUCAUAUGGUCAUAGGAUUGUUUGUAUUAGUGUAUGCAUAAUCAUACACAUAAAAGGUGCAUUUUUGUAACUUACUUGUGAUUAAAUAUGCAUGCAUAAUGUAUAUGUAUACUUAAAUUUUAAUGCUGAAGCUUGUAAAUUUAUUUUACCCUCUUUUAAACAUCGUUGAAUUUUGGAUGCUUUUUGUUGUAUUGCUGAUUUUUGGAUUUGUGCUGAAUGCAGAGCUGUUACUUGAUUUGAGGCUCUGCAUUUCAUCUUGCACUUUUGCUCCCUUUAAGCUAUUGUAAUGAUAUUUUUUACUUUUUUCUUUUUUUGUUUUUUGUUUAUUCUUGGCAAUGAUUGUUUUUUUCUUUUUUCUCUUUUUGGUGACCAAACUGAUUUUUAUGUAAAUGGGAACUCGUGUAUAAUCUUAUUAGACUUCACUUGUUCUCUGCAUAGUUUUCUUAGUCUAAUUUGCAUGCAUCUAUUCAAUCAAAGUUUAGAACAAAACCUAAUAUGUUGAUCAAACUUAGCUCCUUUAAUUGUCGGGGAAUGCAGGAUUAUACAAAACGAAAGAAAAUUUUCCACUACAUGAGAAACCUUAACAGUGAUAUUAUAUUUUUACAAGAAACACAUUCUAACAACGAGGAUGAAAUUUUUUGGAAAUCCCAAUGGGGUGAAUCUGCAUGGUUUACUAGUUUUUCCUCUAAUAGUAGAGGUGUGGCCAUUCUUAUAAGAAAAUCUAUUUCAGUCAAAGUAUUUUCUGUUUUUUACGACCCUGAUGGUAGAUUUUUGAUCUUAAAUUGUAAAUUAAAUGAUGUUCCAGUCACUUUGGUGAAUAUAUAUGCCCCAAAUAAUGAUGAUCCUGAUUUUGUACUAAAAGUUUUUGCAGAAUUAGAUAAAUUUGACAACUCCUCUCUGAUUAUUGGUGGAGAUUUUAAUGCAGUGAUUGGCCCCCUUGACUACCAAGGUACAAGACAAAAACAUUCUAAUACUAGGGCAAGUGAAAUGCUAUCUAUUAUUAUUGAUGAAUAUGAUUUAGUUGAUGUUUGGAGACAUUAUCAUCCAGCAUUGAGACAGUACACAAGACAUCAAAAAACACCCCAGGUUCUAUCAAGGCUUGAUUAUAUUCUAGUUUCUAGUAAUUUUUUGCAAAAUUGUGUUAAAUCCAAAAUUCUUCCAGGAAUUCAGUCAGACCAUUCUGUUGUUUUUAUUCAGUUUACUGAUAAUCAACCAAUCAGAGGAAGAGGCUACUGGAAGCUUAACUGUUCUUACUUACACAAUGACUCUGACUUUAUUAAUUUGAUAAAGGAUAGUAUCCGGGAUUUUAAACACAUUCAUAACGAUUCAGAAUGCAAUCCAAACACACUAUGGGACUCCCUCAAAUGUACUUUAACAGGUAACUGUAUUGAGUACUGUGCCAGGAAGAAAAAGGAGAGAAAGAAAGAAAAGAUUCAUUUAUUAGAUGAGAUUGAUAAAUUAAGGUCACAAUUAGGUAAUAAUACUUCAUCUAACAAUUCUGAAUUAUUAAAACUUGAAAACUUGGAAGACAAGUUGAAUAAAAUCUAUGAAUUUGAAACUAAAGGUCUUAUCACAAGGUCAAGGGUCAGAUGGUUAGAGGAAGGGGAAAAAAGUUCAAAAUAUUUUUGUAAUUUAGAAAAUAGAUCUUGGCGAAAAAAAACUAUUACUAGAGUUCAGAACGCCCAAGGCAAUAUUGUUUCAGACCCUGAUAAUAUUCUUGAAGAAAUUUGUGCAUUCUAUUCAAACCUGUAUUCUAACCAUGACAGAGAAACAGAAAAUGAUGACCUAAAUGAAGCCUUUUUUGAUAAUUUAGAUAUCCCCAAGCUUUCUGAUAAUGCAAAACAUAACUUAGAAAAUCCUUUAACCAAAAAUGAAAUUUUUGAUGUUAUUAAAUCUAUGAAGAUGAAUAAAACCCCAGGAUUUGAUGGCCUUCCUAUUGAAUUUUACAUAGUAUUUUGGGCUGAUAUUAGUGAUUUACUAUUGGAUUCAUACAAUUAUUCCCUUCAAAAUGGUGUGUUAUCAAUUUCUCAGAGGAAUGGAAUUAUAACACUUCUCCCAAAGAAAGAUAAAGACCCUCUGUUUGUUAAAAAUUAUCGACCUAUAACUCUUUUGACUGCUGAUUAUAAGAUACUAGCCAAAUGUUUUGCCAAUCGCAUUACUUGUUUUAUGCAUGAUCUCAUUCAUCCAGAUCAGUCUGGUUUUUUAAAGGGCAGAAAUAUUAGCAACAAUGUGCGUUUAAUUUUUGAUAUCAUUGAAUAUACACAGACAAAUGACAUUCCUGGAGCAGUAAUAUUACUUGAUAUUGAAAAAGCUUUUGAUAGUGUUAAUCAUAACUUCCUUUUCCGAACUUUAAAACAUUUUAAUUUUGGCUCAAAGUUUAUUGACUGGAUAAAAACUCUGUAUUCAAACAGACAGACAUAUGUUUUGAAUAAUGGUUCCUUGACUGAUCGCAUCUCAAUGCAAAGAGGUAUAUUUCAGGGGUGCCCUAUCUCUCCUUACCUGUUCCUACUAGUUAUUGAGAUAUUGGCUAUUUCUAUUCGACAGAAUAAUCAGGUUAAAGGUAUUAAGGUCAAGAAUCAAGAGGUAAAAAUAUCAUUAUUUGCAGAUGAUUCGGUUUGUUUUGUAGACGGGGCUAGAGAUUCAUUUAACAUUUUGUUGGAUAUUUUGAAUAAGUUUGGUAAAAUUUCUGGUUGUAAAUUGAAUUUAACUAAAACAGAAGCAAUUUGGAUUGGUUCCAAGAGAGGUUGUCAAGAUUUUCCGUUAAGUAAUCAUGGAAUUACAUGGAAAUCAACAAGUUUUAAAUCUUUAGGUGUCAACUUUUCUAUGAAUUUGGGGUUGAUAUUUGAUUUGAACUACAAAGAAAAAUUAAAAAGAAUGACCCAAUCAAUAAAUUGCUGGCGAAUGAGAAAUCUUUCCCUGAUUGGUAAGAUAUGUGUAAUCAAAUCUCUUAUCCUCCCUCAAUUGUUAUAUCUUUUUUCUGUUCUCAGUAUAAAGAUACCACAGUCAUUUUUUAAGGAACUUAAUAGUCUGUUCUUUAAAUUUAUUUGGAGUGGUGGUAAUGAUAGGGUUAAGAGAUCAUUUAUGUGUAAUGAUUAUACUCAGUGUGGACUAAAGAUGAUUGAUCCUUAUUCAUUUGCUCUAUCCCAAAAAAUGACAUGGGUCAAACACCUACUUGAUGAUAAUUUUGAGUCUGUUUGGAAAUCAAUUGAAAUCUCGGCUCUAGAAAAAUUUCAUAGUGAUCCUAAUAUUUUGUGGAAAUCAUAUGCCCCAGAAACCGUUUUACAAUCUUUAGGUAAUUCCCAAAUUGCAGAUUCGCUUCGUUCAUGGUAUUAUUUCAGAGAAUAUGCUUCUAUAGAAUCAUUUCAUUGUAAAUUUUCUGAGAUGGGGCAUUGCCAAUUCUUAUGGUUUAAUAGA